AUGGGCACGCCGGCGAAGGAGGGGACGGCAGCGGCGGUGCCGCAGAUGAAGCUGCUGGUGGACAAGCGGUCGCGGCGGGUGCUGUACGCGGAGGCGCGCAAGGACGCCGUCGACUUCCUCGUCGGCCUGCUCCGCGUGCCCGCGGGCCUCGCCGCGCGCGUCAUCGCGCGCGCCGCCGCCGAGAACGCCGACGACGCGCUCGCCGUGCCGGGCUCCCUCGGCACGCUCUACGCCGGCGCGCGGGCCCUCGACGACGCCUUCUUCGUCUCCGCCGCCCCCGUCCGCGACGCGAUCCUCUGCCCGGCCCUCCCCUCCGCCGCGCUCAAGCUACUGCUCGGCGGGGACGCCUCCGCGCUUCUGGCGCCGGCGCCGUCCCCUCCUCCUCCGCCUCCCCCGCCGCCGCCGCCGAAGCGGUUCUUCCGCUGCGCCGGACCGUACGGGACGUCGUGCCGCGGGAACCCGACGAGCGUGACGGACGUGGCUGGCCUGCCGUGCCCGGUGUGCCGGCAGCCGAUGACGGUGGAGAUGCGGUGGAGCCCUGGAGACGCGCACGGCAAGCUGGCGCAGGCGGCGGCGCAGGAGGCAGCGGCGAUGGCGAAGGAGGCCACGACGGAUGUCGGCGGAGGGUACGUGAAGGAGGUGGUGAGCUACCUGGUGAUGGACGACCUCACCGUGGAGCCCAUGUCCACCAUCUCCGCCAUCAUGCUGCUCAAGAAGUUCAAGGUAGCGGACUGCUCUGCCUUGGAGGAGCUCACCGUCGACCUCGGCCACAAGGAGGCCGUGCUGCUGCUCAAGGCGGCGCUGGAGUCCACCACGGCGCUCACGGACGUCUUCUGCGGCGGAGUCUCCAUUGAUAGGCUCGAGUGACAAAGCGAGAGCGAGCACGUACAAUGAAACACGACUACACGACCUACUAUGUAGAUAACGAAAUUGUACGCAAAUUUCAAAUAUGUGAAUGCAUUUCUAAGUAUAA